AUCAAGAAUACGGACGGAAUUUCUUAACGGACAGAAUAUGGGGACAAAGCAUCAUGGAAUUUGUAGGAGUUAAGAGCACCGGAACAAUUUAAAUGGAGCAGAGAAAAACUACAAUUCCCAUCAUCACAUUGAGCAUCUUGGCACGAAAUUCAACUAAUGAUAACAAGGGAUCAUUAAUACAAAAGGCUUAUGCAGGAUUUGGCUUUCUUAUUUCAAAAAUGAAAUGUACUCAACUUUUGAAUCAAAUCAGACAUGUAAGUAUGAAGGGGCUAGUGGCUUCCUUCUUUCCUUAUUGUGCCUUAUGUCCAGUUGCAUGUCUCUCAACAUCCAGCCGCUGGAGCACUCGUAAAAAGUCCAGCCAGUACAGCUCAGUGGACACUGAGAAGUACUCCUCCCUGGUAAGGUCAGUGUUAUCAAGAACUAGCUCCCAAACUCCAGCAAGCCUUAAAGAGGAAGAUGAACAUAUUUUUGGCCCCAUUAUCAAAUCAAAACCAGCCUUUGCACAAGAGUGCAAAGUUCCCAAAAGCUCCCAUCCACUAGUUUAUCCUGACAAGACACUGGAUCGUCCAUCAGAAGAUGAGGGAAAUCCUCCAAUGCGCAUUGCCAUGCAGAGAGGUGCAAGCAAGGUCACGGUCCCCAGCGUGACUAAGAUUCUGCAGCAGACCAUGCCCCCUGAGCAAGCCUUUUACCUGGAACGCUGGAAGGAGAGGAUGAUUGCUGAACUUGGAGAAGAAGGCUUCAAGGAGUACACCAUCAAUAUUUUCAGACAAGGCAGACGCUUCCACUCGGCCUUGGAGAGCAUUUUAAUACCGGAGGAAGAGCUGUCCAGCGACACAGGAUCUUCAGAGUCGGUGGAAGGAUACAUCGAGAGUGUUCGCCACGUUCUCAGAGAAAUCCGUGGAGUGAGGGCCAUUGAGAGUGUUGUGCAGCAUCAGUCACUGAACUACCUUGGCUUGGUGGACUGUGUAGCUAUGUACAGAGGGGAGCUCUGUGUGAUUGAUUGGAAGACCUCAGAGAAGCCCAAACCGCACCUCCGCAACACAUAUGAUAACCCCCUACAGAUCGCUGCUUACAUGGGGGCCAUUAACGACGACGGAAAUUAUAAUUACCAGGUACAAAACGGUUUGAUCGUGGUGGCCUACAAAGAUGGUUCACCUGCGCACGUCCACUUUAUGAAACAUGACGUAUGUUUGGUGUACUGGAACAGAUGGCUAAUCCGACUAGAGGAGUUUAAGGAGAAGGUGUAAAUCGUGUCUGAAGAUUUUCAUUACGCGGUUAAAAGUGAGAUGCGUCCUUCUAAUUGUGAAGCACACAUUCAUUUUGCACACAAUGUGUUUGUUUAGUAAUAGAAUUUCCCUGUUUUUUUCACAACAAUGUUAAUUGUGAGUAUUGUUCAUUAAAGACUACUGUGUGUCUUAAUAAAAUGACAUGGUUUUUCAAUCA